AUGGCGGAUGCAGUCGUGAUCAUGUCAGACACUGCACCCGUGAUCAGAUCACGUAACCCGAAAAGAUUGACGACAGAAAACAGUGUUUACCUGCGCAAGAUAGAAGAACUUGCGAACGAGAAGUUAAGAUUCUUUCGUGACAAGGAGUUACGUGAACAAGAAACAAACAAGUCAAACCCUAAAUCCGUCCGUACAUCCGGGAAGAAGAAGAAGAUAUCAAAGAGUAAACGGCCACCGUCCACCGGAGAAGCCAGUAGUAAGAAAAGAAAAGUACCAAAGAAGGCAGACGACCGUCCAAAGAAGCCGGUGGUGGUGAACGAGAUAACGGAGGGGUUGAAAGAGUUUAUUGUGAAUGAGAUGAAGGGUAGGGACGUGAGACUUGUGAUACAGAAGAAGUUGUUUGAUUCGGAUACCAGGCAUGGGUUAAACAGGUUGAACAUGCCGCUUAAGCAACUGCAGACUAAUGAGUUCUUGACGCAGGAUGAGAAGGAUCAUCUUAAGAAAGAAAAAGGAAACCAGAUUGAGGUUCGGUUGUUGGGGCCAACGUUGGAGAUGUACAAGGAUCCGAUGAGUUUGAGGUGGUGGCCCAUGGAAAAAACUGACAAUUAUGUGUUUGCGACUAACUGGUAUAGAUUUUGGUCGGAGAAUAAGUUGCAUCUGAAGAGAGACUCGAAUGUUCAAGUGUGGUCGUUUCGUGGAUCGGAUCAGAAGUUGUGUUUUGCCGUUGUUUGUGUGGAGGAACCAGUUGUUGAAGUCGUGGAUUCUGACUCUUGA